CUUGAGAAUUUGCCAUUGUGUCGUCGAUUUUGAGAGGUGUACAUUUGCGCGCAACUGGGUGCAAGUUAACUUUGGGGCGUGAAAUUCGAGGUGACAUUACGUGAGCAUCUCCGGCGAAAUCCUCCCUGAAAGUGGUGUCCCCUCACUGGCCGGAAGUCGUAUUUUUAAUUGAUGCUGUUAUAUCGUGAAUUCGGGGUGGAUUUGCACGCGUAAAUCGGGCUGAAAAUCGAAGCGACGCGAUCAAAUUGCGGCCAUAGCUGGGCCUCUCUCUACGCAGUCACACACACACACACACAUCGUCGCGUCCGAGAGAACGAGAGAGAAGUCGGAGUAGGGCGCUUUCCGAAGCGGCAGACAUUUUUCUCAGUCGCCGCGAAAAAUUUUUCACAGUCCCCGAUCGCCCCAUUUCCGGGCAUCUUCCGUGGCGUCUUGCCGGUGAACGUGGUCAGGAGUGCGCUGCGGUGCUGCCGAUGGUGGUGGCUGGAGUGCAACAGGGGGCGCAGCGCUAAACGAGCUUCCACGGGCGGCCCCGGACUCCCGGUGUCACUGCGUCGUGGGAAUGCCUGGUAGCCACAUGAGGAGCCGCAGAUAGGAUCACCUGCAUGAAUGCUGACUGGUGGUUGAUUCUCUGUGGAGACAAAACAAGCUGAAAGAGAGUGGAGCAACGGAGUCGAGAGCACAAGAAGCACAUGUAAUGCAAUUGAGUGAUCAUCAUCUCUGUUGUGCGCUAGAGAGGUAUUUUCUUCGUCAAUUGCGUUCUGCGGGCGCGGACCGCCAUUUUGGGGAAGAAGAGGACACAGAGUGCCGGUGAAUAGCUGCUCCUUCGCUGAAAAUUGGCGUAGGUCUAUCUCCUUUUGGAUGGGGUGUUGAGGAGCCACAGUGUGACCACAACGGGGGUGUGGGUAGACGAGCGCGCGAGGGUGUGCUUUCUGCUGGCAAGAGAAGAGAGGAGACGGAAGAGAGAGAGAGAGAGAGAGUGUGUGUGUGAAGGAGCGUGAGCCCCACAGAAGCUAAGUGACGUGGAGAGAGAGGAAAAAUGCCCAAAUAUAUGACGCACCCCAAUACAAAUCAGACUGGCGGUAUAUUCAGUGAAUAUCGACCAAAUGAGGAUGGUGACGAUCAGCUAGACAUGAAUAUUGAGAAGAGUGUUGCCAUAUCAUCAUCAUCGUCUGUUAUUCCCACCGCCAUUUCAGCAACAUCCAAUUCUGCCUCACCAUGCGCCGGCAGUACAAAGUCUGUCAAGACACUAAACACGGGCAACCAGCUGAGGAUCCGUUCGCAUCUGCUGGACCAUGGCUACGGAUCCACCCUUCAGCCGCCGCAGUUUAUGCGUGGCAAGGCAGAUCAAUAUAUCACGAAUUACUACAGGCAAACGAAGCGCCGCCAUACAACAUCGGCGCCGGGUCCACCGUCGAAACAGGCGAAAACAGAUAAAUUGGUGGAUUCGAAGAAGCGAUACUCGGAGGGCGCAUGUUCACCGGUGUGUCGAUAUGAUACUUCACUGGGGCUGCUCACGAGGAAAUUUAUGGAGUUGCUGCAAACAUCGGCGGAUGGUGUUGUGGAUCUGAAUGUCGCAUCGGCCAAGUUGAAUGUGCAAAAGCGUCGAAUUUACGACAUAACCAAUGUUCUCGAAGGCAUUGGGAUAUUGGAGAAGAAGUCAAAGAACAACAUCCAAUGGAAGUGUGGCACAACACUCACGGAGUUGACAAAGGAUGUGAAGAGGGAGAGUGACUAUCUGGAGCAGAAGGAGAAUCGGCUGGACUUUCUAAUUGCUCAAAUGCGUGAUGAGUUCAAUACGCAAUUCGAGACGAAUCGAUAUGGAUAUAUAACACGACAGGAUCUCGCCUCGAUAGACAUGUUCAAAGAUCAAUCUGUUAUAGUUAUCAAAGGACCACAGGAUGCCAAAUUAGUGAUACCGGAAAAUGGUGGUUUGGAGAUAAUGUUGAAGUCGGAGAAGGGUGAAAUAGAUGUAUUCUUGUGUCCAGACGCGAGUUCGACGGACAACUCGUCCCAGUACUCAACCACAGAGCAAUUGUUGAAGGACAUUAAGCCAAUGUUUGCUUCUGGCUCAUAUAAUAAAUUCAUGAGUCCAAAGCGAAAAUCCUUGUACGGCGUGAGUUCGGCCCAGAGGAACCUUAAUCCGCUGCUCGAGGGGGAUGGAGUGGACAGCAAGAAGAAGAUUUUCGAUGGCAUCGAGGACUUUGGCAUGAGUGUCACUCGACCUGUGGUGACACAGCAGGAGGCAUCAUCGAUGAUGGGCACUAAAGGCAAUACAUCGGUGCUUGGCCGUGGGGAGAUCAAGAGGGAGGACAGAGUGUCCACGGAGAGUCCCAAGAAGGAGAAGUCGACGCUGAAGAGCGACGGGAAGUUGUCAUCCAGUCCAGAUGAGAGACAAUGGACGCUGUUCAAUGAAUAUGAUUUAAGUCCUAACCACCUGUCUCAAGUCAAUGAAUUUGAGUCAUUCCUGUGCAUCGAACCACCUCCCCUGGAUACCGACUACAAUUUCUCCCUGGGACAGACGGAAGGAUUAUCCGAUCUCUUUGAUGAUAUGAUGUAGGAGGUGGUGAAGGAGCGCUCGUGGUGGAGUCAAUGCGACGAGGCGGCGGGAAGCACUUUUUGCCAUGCAUAGGAAAAACCAAUUUUGUUGAAUCAUCGUCCUGAAUGUGAGAGAGAGAGAGAGAGAGUGAGAGUGAGAAAAGAGAGCACAGCGGCAUGUGACAAAGGGGGUUGAAGAGAGCGCAAAGCUCAGAGAGCAAGCGAAGGAAGAGGAAAAGAAAAUCUACCCUUACUUUAGCGAGCGAGAGAGAGAGAGAGGAGAGAUGAUAAAAAACAAGAAUUAUCAAUUAGAAAUACAUGAAACUUGUCUCUAGGUUUAUUUAAGAGUAUAAGUUCUUAAAUGAAUGGAAGAUAAUACAAAUUAGUAACUUCCGCUGUAGAUAAAGAAGGAUGCGAAGAAGAAUAAUGAGGAGUGAGAAAGAGGAAACUAUUGAAAGAAUAUUUUGUAUAUGUACAAAGUAAAUAACUUAUAAGUGAUCAUAACUAGACAAUUAAAUUUAGAGAAGAUGCAGAAAGAGGAGAAAAGUACAGAGAGAGAGAGAGAGAGUGUAAGGAGAAAACGAGGAAGAGUGAAAACAUACACAAAAAAAACAAAUAGUUAUGUAUAGUUACUGGAUGAGAUAUGAGAGUAUAAUGGUCUUUAGGAGAGCAGGAGAAUAAAACAGCACAGACGAAUUGUUUUUGAAAACGGCGGAUAGAACUCCACCAUAGGCAUUGUAUAAUAAAUAAUGUAUCUAAUUGUAAAAUGUAUAAAUUAGAGGCAAACUCAUAUUUUGUACUACUAAAGAGAGAGUGCGUGGAUGAGGAAGAGAGAGAGAGAGAGGUAACUGUUACAAAAAAUAACACAAAAUACAGAGAAUGGCAAAGAUGACAUCAAAUUUUCGAUUGUAAUUUGUAGAUGAUGAAGAGCAGGAUAGGCGUGAGGUGAAGAAUGAUGUAGACUCACUGUAAUUGCAGAUCUAAUUGCACUAGAAAAGCGUGUGCAGGUGGGCAUGCCAAUUGGACUUUAGAUUUCGAAAUUUGUUUAAAUGUCAAGAUUGUUGGUCUAUUUACUGGAAGAAGAACCGGAACAAAGGAUAGAGAUGAUAUGAUGAACAAGAAAAAGUCUCUUGAUUCACACAAUUUGAGUGGAAGAGUCAAGGGUGAUUUUGCAUAGAAACAUGUCCAAAAUUACCUGAAAGAUUAUUCUAAAGAAAAAUGUAUUUCUUUGUGUGAACAAGAUUGCACGAUUCUUUUUCGUUGAAUAUGUAAUUUGCACAAGUAAGGAAAAACACACAGACUUUUGUACUAAAUGAAUGAUUAGGGCACUGAAAACGGGUAAAAAUUGCUGAAUUUCUCUUUGGAUGAAAAGAAUGGAAAGAAAUGUCAAAAUUAAUUUUAACACUUUGCAUACGAUGACUGCAUUUUCAGUGAAAUUAUGUUUUAUUAUCUGUUCUAUUGAUGUUUGUUUUUGCGCUGAGUUUUCCCGCCCACGAGGAGAGCGUUUUUAUUUCUUUCUGUAUACAAAGUAGUAAAGAGAAAAAAAAUGUAAAGAACGAAGUUUUAUGAAUUGUAGGACAAACUCACGAUAGCGUGAGUGAGGAAAUGAGAGAAAAUGGGAAAAAAAGAACUGAGUGAGUAUUGAAAGAAGCAAAAGUUGCAAUUUAUUGUUAAUAUUUUUUUUCUUUAAAAAUAAUAAAUUAGUAUUUUUAUUCUGACAAUGGA